AGCAGACAGAAUUAAUCAUAUUUUUUGUAUGGAAGUGAAGUUCGAAGCGUGGUUUUCUAGUUUGGUGUAUAAUCUGUAGGAUAUAAGUAAUGGCCAGCAAAAGUGCUCAGAUAGAAAAUGGUGGAGAGGAUUCGUUAUUAACUAGUGCCGUGACGCCCGUUAGUUAUUGUGCUUUCCAGGUGGGUAGAUUGCAACUUCACUGGAAGGGCGAGCAUAGGCUGGAACAAACGAGUGAGGAAAGUGCCCAGAACAACCUUAACUCUUUGAAGUAUUACCUGGUCAAAACUGUAGAAACAGACGAAGACUUUAAAGAAAAAGCUUUCUUUAGUUGUGUUCCAACAACUUGGGUUUCCGUGUGCAUGAAGUUCAUGUUAUACCCCCCCGUUGGGACACAUUCUGCAAACGGAAGACAUCAAGAACCGAAUCAAUGGAGAAGUAAUGUUUUUAAAAGGUUUCGUUAUCCAACGAAAGAUUGGUUUGAGUACGACAUUGUGCAAAUUUUCAAUUUAGUAAAACCAGGGAGUCAUGAUCGGAUCUUUAAGGCUGCAACCGCAGCAUCUAAAGGCAUGAAGAAUUUUGAAGAUCUGCUCAAGUCUGAUAAUGAUGAGUCAUUAGGCCGGGGGAACCGAGUAAAAAGAAAAAAAGUUUUAGAAGACGCCGAAAUGGAGCAGCCCAAGAAGAGAAAAGUGAAAAAAUCAACUGAGGAAAAGGAACUGAUGGCCGUUCCAGCAACUACUCUGGCCAAGGCCGACAACGAUAAAGAUUUACAAUCAAGUUCCUCUGAAUUGGAUAACUACAACGUCAUUGCCAAUGUAGUGUUGCCUCACCUUGCAGAUAACUGGAACAGUCAUGAUGAUUACAACAGUAAUCAAGGGGACUUAUCAGCACCAAUCGAACAAACUUGGCUUGAACAACCGGAUGAAACGAUGGAACAAGUUGGAACACCAAUCCCCGAUAAAACAAUAAUGGACUUAGACACUCUGGAACUGUGUCCUUCUACAUCUUCAUCUAAUAGUGGAGGUUCUCCCAGCGAGCCAUCUUGGAUGCUCCAGCAUGUUCUUCAUCAAGCCCUUGAACGCUUAACCUGUGUUGAAAAUGGAAUUAGUGCCAUUGAAGCCAAAAUGUCGACAAACUUUCUAUUAAUCGUGGAGAAGUUGGAGGCAUUAGACCAAAAAAUUGAAAAAAUGCGUAAAGUUGCAAUCCACAAAAUGGCAGAGACUGAUUUUGAUCAUCAUACAUCUGUGGUAGAAACGUACUUAAAAGAAUUACCAGUAACGACGACGAAGGCUGUGGAAGCCAUUGAUGUACUUUUGCAAGACAACACUUUGGCAGUAAGCCUUGUUUUUGUUUUUGUCGAAAAACUUAAAACAGUUAAAACGGUUAACAAGUUUUUCUAUCAGAUGUUGGGCUUCCUGGUAGCAAAAGAUGUCAGCAAUAGCUUGCAGUGGAAAAUGAGCCCAAGGGGCAGAGAUAACAGGCCUGGAAUGGCUGGCCUUUUCAAUUUGUUGGCUGUUUUCGGAGUGGCCGCAAGGAUUUUUGCUCAGAAGAAAGGAGAAAAAUUAAAUGAGGGCCGAAUCCAGCAGCUUGUACGCGAUGCUAGGAAAACGCACGCUCGCGAAUAUCGUGCCACCUCUCGCGAUAACAAACAAUAUGAGGUUGUAAUUGACGCUCCAACAGGACCGAACAUUGAAGAUAACGAUGGGAUUACACUAAAACAACACAUUGAUCGACUGCAAAUACUAGUGAACAAUUUCACCCUUUAAUGUGUUAUACUAUUGACAUGUAAUAUGUGGCUUGGUUUUCGGAUUUCCGGUUUUCGCACCUCGAGAAGUCAUUUUUUGUUUGUUUUCCAUUUAUAUUGUGGAGACCCAAUGGACUGUAUCAGUCCAUCACUCCCUGGCGAUAGCGUUAUUUAUUAUUGUGUUUGACUACAUUCCAAUUAUUAUUUCAAUUUUACGGUGUGAUUCAAAAUAAACUAGCCAGUAUUCAA